CAUCCACGGACAUACAUAGAUCAGGACAGCGCAGCAUGAGGAUCGCUAUCCAAGGUUGCUCCCAUGGCAGUCUCGCCCAGAUAUACGACGUCGUCAACUACUACUCGUCCCAAACAAAGAACCCUAUAGACCUCUUGCUCCUCUGCGGCGACUUCCAAGCUCUGCGAUCGAAACAUGAUUACGCUUCUCUUGCCGUACCAGCUAAAUUCAAGCAGCUUGGAUCAUUCCAUCAGUAUUACUCUGGUGAACGGGUCGCGCCUGUCUUGACAAUCGUGAUCGGCGGCAACCACGAGGCAAGUAAUUAUAUGUGGGAGCUGUACCACGGCGGGUGGCUAGCUCCUAGCAUAUAUUACCUUGGAGCGGCUGGUAGUGUUUAUGUGAACGGGCUGAGGAUUGUGGGCGCGAGUGGGAUUUAUAAGGGAUUCGACUACCGGAAGGGUCACUUUGAGAAGGUGCCUUACAAUGAUAAGGAACUGAGAAGUAUAUAUCAUAUACGAGAGUACGAUGUGGAAAAGCUCAUGCAUUUAACACCAAGUCCUAGCACCAUCUUCUUAUCUCACGAUUGGCCAACCACAAUAGCUCACCAUGGUAACAAGAACGCUCUGCUCAAACGCAAGCCCUUCUUCCGGGACGAAAUUGAAAAGAACACUCUUGGUUCACCGCCCCUCUUACGACUAAUGAACCAUUUCCAACCCUCUUACUGGUUCUCAGCCCAUUUACAUGUCAAGUUUGCAGCUCUGUACGAACAUCAGGCCCCUAGCCAUGGUCCGGAUGUUGACGGUGGCGCCCCCUUACCUUUACCGGCAAUGUCAACGGCGAUAGCUCAGACUGGUAAUAACCCAGAUGAGAUACAAAUCGAUGAGGAGAUGGAUGAGGGGAACCCCGAUGAGAUUAUUGUUGAGGAUGAGGGUGAAGAGAUUAUCGUUAGACCGAGACAGGUCAAUCCAGAUGAGAUUGUAAUGGAUGACGAGGAGUUUGACGAUCCUCCGCCCGCGGUCCCUCAACCUUUACCCAUUACAACCAGCAGUGUUGUCAAUCCAGAAGAAAUAACCAUAUCAGACGAAGAAUUCGAUGCUCCUAUGGCUGUCUCUCAAUCCCCUCAGCCCCUCCCCCCUACCAGAGCCAACGCCUCCAACCCUGAAGAAAUAGCCAUCUCGGACGACGAAUUCGAUGACCCUGCUCCUGUGGCGCAACCUCUUACCGCGAUUGAUGAAUCGACCGACCUCAUUGCCCAAUCCCGUUCUAAUCCAUCCCAUCCACAUGUUGCUGGUACCAUAGCCCCUCCCGCUUCUGACUCUACUGCACCGCGUGUAAUGCAAGAAGCGCGACAAGAGCAGCAGAAAUGGGAGCUGCACGGCGGGAAAGGAAUGGAGGGCGUGACCAAGUUUCUGGCAUUGGACAAGUGUGGACCUGGUAAAGACCAUAUGCAAUUCCUUGAGAUCCCAGACCCUUCCCCACCCGCAAUCCCAGGACCUCCAAGGUUAACGUACGACCCCGAAUGGCUAGCGAUAUCCCGUGCUUUCCACCCAUACCUCUCAACCUCAUAUCAGCCCAUCCCCCUCCCAUCGCCCGACGUACUUGAGCAGAUGGUGAAGGAUGAAGUGACAAGGAUCAAGGAAGAAGGGUUGCUCGUUCCUGCUGUUCCAGAAAAAGGUGCGGUCGAGGGGCAAGAGGGGUUAGUAUGGGAAAAGGGCAAGGUGGAUGUUGGAAGAGUGCAAAGGUUUUGGUGGACUGCGCCACCUGAAGGACAUCCGGGUGGAAAUGACGCUGCAUGGUAUACGAAUCCGCAGACAGAGGCGUUCUGCGGAAUGUUGGGUGUCCAGAACAAGAUCAACCCUCCGGUGAACAGAUCAUAAAAAUCUAAUGGCGAGAACAUGGCCCACGCACGACGCGUCUAAAAUUCCCGGCUUGACCGAAAACGAGAUAUGAAGAAGAUUAUGUGUAUCACGC